AUGAGCAUUCAUAACGAUGAGGAUAUAACUGGUAUCGAAAGAGGCGACGCUGUAAGACUUGUUGACCUACGUGACUAUCCUGGGCUAGACGGCCAAACUGGUAGGAUAGUCAGAUUCGACCAAUUAUCACAGAGGUAUGAUGUGAGACUGGAUGAGACCAACGUGACGAAGCGAGUCAGAGGGCCCAACCUACGACGUCUUCUCACAGGCUGCGUCGUCGAACUGCAAGGCCUCAUCGCCGCCUAUAAACUCAAUGGAAGUAUCGGUGAGUGUAAGGACUUCGACAAGCAGCUACAGCGUUACGUUGUUCUCUUAGAUGGUGAUGUCACGAAGAAAGUUAAACCCGAGAAUGUAAAGGUGCUAACAAGCUAUCGCAACAGCCAAAUCGUCCCGACUCUACAGCAAAUACGGUAA